AUGUUCCUACGGAACAGCUUCAAUGUUCAGAUUCCUGUUUUAUGGAGGAAAGACUUUUUUGAAAUUUUGGUUCAAGAAUUCAUGGGAAGCGAAUUUGUGAAGGAAGAAAAUAUUCCUAAGGAACAAGUUUCUAUGGUUGAUAUUCCUAAGGAAAAUGGUUCCGGUUUUAGGGAAGAAGACUUUGUACCAAGGAAAAACUUUGUUUCUAAGGAACAGGUUGAGUAUUCAAAUUCCGGGUUUAGGGAGGAAGAUGCUGUUCCAGAGGAACAGGUUCCAAGUUCAGAUUCCGGAUUUAGGGAGGAAAACGUUCUUCCUACGGAAGAAUUUUCUAAGGAACAGGUUCCAAGUUGA